AUGACAUUUUCUUCUAGUUUACCGGUUAUCGUGCUCAUGCGAGAUUUUCUGCUUAAAUUUGCUGAUUCUGGGGAAAAGGGUGAGGUUUUACGGCUAUCAUUGUCUGACUCUGGUGAGAAGAGUGAGCUUCUACGGCGACCUCUGCUGGAUACGGGUGAAAAGAGCGAAAUAUUUCGGCAAUCUUUGCCAGAUUCUGGUGAAACAAGCGAUGAGCCCUCUGUUUCAGUCCUUACUCAAGAAGUUGCCUUCUCUUCCGGUAACCCUAGAAUUGAAGAGACAAGGGGUAUUAUGCACCUAUUCAGAGACCUUUCUCAGCACCCUGGUUCUGUGGCGGAGCUACCUUCAGGGAGAAAUUCUCUUGUUUGCGUGUUAGCUGUUCCCAAUCACAUGACAUAUGCAGAUUUUUGCCAAUUUUGUGGUUCUUUUAUCCAACACAUUUCAGAGAUGCGAAUUGUUAGAAAUGAUGGUGCAGAUGAUCGGUAUAGUGUCCUGAUUCGGUUUGACAACCAAAACUCAGCAGAUAACUUCUAUCACCAUUUUAAUGGGAAGCUCUUCUCAUCUCUUGAGGUGGAAGUUUGUCAUGUCCUAUUUACUUUGGAUGUUCAGUAUACAGGCUCAAUAGAGCAUGCCGUAGCUUCUCCAACGGGAUUCACAGAGCUACCUACAUGUCCAGUUUGCCUUGAGAGAUUGGAUCAAGACAUUAGUGGAAUUCUCACAACAAUCUGCAAUCAUACUUUCCAUUGCUCAUGUAUUUCAAACUGGACCGAUUCUUCUUGUCCGGUCUGCCGUUAUUGCCAGCUGCAGCCUGAAAAGUCGACGUGCUCUGUCUGUGAGACAUCUGAAAAUCUAUGGAUCUGCGUUAUCUGCGGCUUUGUUGGAUGUGGAAGAUAUAAAGAAGGUCAUGCUAUCAGGCAUUGGAGAGAAACACAACAUUGCUAUUCUCUUGAGCUAGAAACUCAACGAGUUUGGGAUUAUGUUGGCGACAACUAUGUUCAUCGUUUGAUUCAGUCAAAAACUGAUGGAAAGUUGGUUGAGUUAAAUUACCAUUGCAGGCAUGGUGAUGAUUGUGGCGCUGAUACUGGAAUCAGUGAGGCCCUCUUGAACAGUAAAGUUGAAGCAAUUGUCAAGGAAUACAAUGACCUCCUUACAUCCCAGCUUGAAAACCUAAGAAAAUACUAUGAGUCACUGCUCGUGGAGGUCAAAGAGGAAACCGACAGAGCAAUUUCUGAUGCUGUGGAGAAGUCGACAUCAAAACUGCAAAAGAUUCAAUCUAAGAUUGACAAAUGUGCUGAGGAGAAAAAAUUCCUUACUGAUAUACAUGAUAAUCUUGUGAAGAAUCAGGGGAUGUGGAUGGUGGAGCUUCAGGAUGCUGAACAAAGGGAGAAAGCAGCAUUGAGGUUGAGAGAUGAAAAGAUAAAAAACUUGGAGGAACAGCUCAGGGACCUGAUGGUGUAUAUCGAAUCACAGAAGACACUCGAUCAACUGCCCGAUUCAAAUGUUCAGGAAGGGACAGUUUCACCAGUUGCAGAGUCCUCAUCGAGAAACACUAAGACUACACCAAGAAAAAACAAGAAAAGGAACUGACCCUUUUCUCGGUGAUGUUCUUUUUCUCAUGCUUUUCCUUGUGUCCUUUU